AUGGUGGUCAAUACACUCUUGGAUCCACGUCUACUAUUGGAAGCUGUGAUGCAAUUGACCCCAGGAAAGAAUCCUCUUUUGUGGGUGAUUAUCAAUGCCUUUGUGGUGAUGUACUCCCUCUAUCUUUUGCUGCUGGUGGCUAAUUAUGCGGCAGACGAUACCAGAAAGGCUCUCCGAUUGGCGGAUCAAUCUUAUCUCGUCUACGACUUUUCCACCACCAUAAUCUGGGUUGUGGAGACUUUCUUGGGAGUUGCCACCAUUGUGGGGGAAGGGAGAAAGGAAUGCUGGAAAUUCUCCAUACCCGCUUCCAUGCUUCAUGUUUUGGUAUCUCUGUUCUUUCUGUGGGAUUCCUACGCCACCCUGGAUAAAUGGAAGUGGCGUCAAGAGGACAUUAUCGUGGAUAUGUUUUGGGUGAUUAUGAAUCUAAUGGCGUAUCUUGUGGUCUUGGCCGAAACAACCUACCACUUCGUCCAAUUGCGACGUCGGCGGCACCAGUAUUCACAGCUCGACAAUCAUGAACACAACGGCCAUGACGACACUAACAAUGAUAUCAUCUACCACGACGCUUUACUGGCACGAGUGCUACCUUACUAUGAGCGUGCACAAAGAAGAGCGGAAAACCGACCCGUCAAACCACUUCGGACGGAGGACUUUACCAAACUAUUGACAACCAUGGGGGAUGAGCUGGUGGUGCUAGUCCCUGCUUUAUGA